AUGGCCGGGUCGACCAUCAUCUCCGACCAGUUCUCCUCGUAUGUAUCUGUCAACGGGAAGCAUACGUUGGAGAACAACAAGUGGCUAAAGGGCAAGAACUACACCCACAAGUGGGUCAACCACGACAAGUUCUUCGUGGACCCCAAGACGGGGGUCCAUACGAACCGCAUUGAAGGGACGUGGGAAGUGCGCGUGAAGCGCUACAUCAAGGCUAUGCGCGGCGUCCCCAAGGAGCGCCUGGACCAGUACCUAGACAUGUACCUGUGGAAGUCCUGGUACUUCAACGGCACUGUCCCGAAGUGCCAGUACCGCGACGGCCUCGUGCAGGGUAUCCGCAAACACUUCCCAGUUUAG